AUGAUUUUGUAUCAAACAACAUCAACACAGGAAGAAACUGAAGAAGGAGACAAAUUCGAUACAACUCAAAAAACAUCACUUGCUGAUUCUCAAUCUACUCCAAAAUCAUCAGCUUUCACACCACCAACAAUUUAUGCUAUGGUUGACAAAGUUGUUGAAGAAAGCUUAAAGAAAAAUGCUUCAACUUGCACAUCACUUAUUCAAAAGCUGUCUUCUCAACCAUCUUUUUCUCUUGGAAUAACCCCAGAUAUCAAAGAUGAUGUAAACUCUCCAAAACCUUAUACAAGAUCAAGCAAAGAUGAAGAACAUAUAAACAGAGAAGAAAAAAAAGAUGAAGAACAGAUAAACAGAGAAGAAAAAAAAGAUGAAGAACAAAUUCAAACAAAAAAAGAAUGUGGAAAUAAAGGGAAAGGAAAAGCAAUUUUUAUUGAAGAGAAACAUGAAGAAAAAAGCAUCAGAAAAGAAAAAGAAGAAAGUUACUUCACUCAUUACAGUGAUCGAACAGUGGAAGCAAAAGAUGUGUUAUUUACUGAAGAGAAAUUAAUUGCAAACUCAAUAUUUUAA